AUGCGCGCGUGCACGUUCGUGCGAGCGUCGAAGGAGGUCGUGGACGUCGCGGACGUCGCGGCGCUGGUGAAGGCGGACUUGGAGCGAGCGAGGGAUACGAAUGUGACGUUUUCGCGACACGCCAUGCGCGUCGUGCCGGUGGAGACGACGUGCUUCGCGGGGGUGGAUGAGAUCAAGGAGGCGUGUAAACCGCUGAUCGAGAAACAUUUCAAGAGUGGGAGAGAGCAGACGUUCGCGAUCGCGUUCGAACGUCGGUCGAAUAACACGCUGCACAGAACGGAGGUGAUCGAAGCCAUCGCGGGGAUGAUUGAACAGCCGCCGAACAAGGUGAACCUGGGAGACCCAGACUUGACCAUCAUGGUGGAGAUCGUCAAGGGCGUCGCGUGUCUUUCCGUGGUGCAAGACUACGAAAAGUUGUGCAAGUAUAAUCUGCGCAUGGUGGCGAUGACGAAAGAGGACCGGGAGCACGCAAAGGCGACGGCGAACGGUAACGCGCCGGCGCCGGGAACGAAGAAAAACGACGAAGAAAAGCCCGCCGAAGCCGCGGAUUAG